GGGUUAUCGCGCUGGAGGCGCCCUCGUUCAACAUGUCCCCCGGGGAUUCGGGGGUGUGCGACUGAAACCAAUCUCCAAGGAUUCUUUGAUUAGCCGGAGCAUCCCAUAAUCAAAUCUCGCAAAUUAUCCGAUCUGUUGGUGCUAUCAGAGACGUGUCUCUCGGCGUGGCACUCUACUACUAGCUUCCACCCAUUCCCGCUUUCCAACAUCUUUCGACGACCACCCAACAAGAUCCCACCGAACCACAUCCACAACCACUGCAUUUCUCGAGCUUUCACGAAUCAACACCCCACGCCAGCACACGCAUCGCCCAGAUCUACACUGUAGCCUGAACAGUCGAGCCUGACCUUCAGACGAGUUUGCCAAGAUGCCUGGAGUCCCACCAAACGCGCUCAACAACUUGAAGGCCAAGUUCAAGGCCGUCUUCAAGAAGAAGGACGAGAAGAAGGCCGAGUCCAAGCCUGCCGAGCCAUCCAAGCCAGCAGAGACAGCUCCAGCCGCUGCUGCUACUGCUGCCACUGCUGCCACGGAGCCAGCCAAGACCGAGACUGCCCCGGCUGCCGCGCCCGCCACCACAGCCGACACCUCCAAGCCGGCCGAGGAGCCCAAGAAGGAAGAGACUCCCGCCGCACCGGCUGCUGCUGCCGCCCCAGCAACAACAACCACCGAGUCCGCCCCGGCCCCGGCUGCCGAGGCAGCGAAGCCGGCCGAGGAGACCAAGCCCGCGGCUACCGAGGCUGUGCCUGCCCCUGCCACUGACGCCGCCGCUGCUCCGGCACCAGCACCAGCUGCUGCGACCACCACCGAGGCCACUCCUGCUGCCGCCCCGGCUGCUGCUACCGAGGCCGCGAAGCCCGCUGAGGCCGCUGCGCCUGCUGAGGAGGCCAAGCCUGCUGAGGAGGCCAAGCCCGCGGAGGAGGCCAAGCCUGCUGCCACCGAGACUGCUAAGUAAUUGAUACUGCGAGCGUUGUUUGAAGUGAGCGGCGUCGAAAGGACUGCUUGGCUUGGCCACUACCCGUGGAAUAAGCGCGGGGCUUGUGUGUUUUGUUUCCCCCUCUUUUUUCUGGUUGCCUUGUCACAUUAUGAGAGAGCGGAAUCGGGGUGCGUAAUGGGUGGUGUCUCGGAACUAUGGAUGGGGACUUGGUUUUCCUGGGCAUGGAAACUCGUCUGGAUUCAUGUUGUUCUUGUUUUCAUUCUCUUCUUCUAGUAACAGUGCCGUUGUUGAGUUGCACCCUCAGAGUUGAAUAGAUACCCUCAAUAUACCAGAUUGCAUUCAAA